AUGAGUCGACGACGGAUCGCCAGAUUGUCUCUCAAUAAGACUGUCAAUGGUCCCCCAGUCCUUGUUCGUGAUGGUGAAGACCAAAUCAUUGCAGACACGGAGGCUAGCCACCUUCCCUUCAGCUGUGCGGAAAGCGUUCAAGACUCCCGGAUGGACAGCAUCUUCGUUGUAUUCCCCCGCACGUACGGAGAUGGAUAUUCUGGAAUGAAGAUAGGCGAUCUUUCUUGUCGGCCAACGUUGGUCAAGAAAAUUGCCAUUGGUGACACCUUUGAAAAGAAAGAUCUUGUGCGGCGAACAAGUCAUCCAAAUUUGGUGAAUCUCACAGACGUGUCAGUCAACAAGGACGCAAUCUACUUCAGUUAUGAGAGAACGGGAGCUUCCUUGACAGAAUUGCUCCCGUUUAUAAGGGGGGAUGAAAUCGCAGUGGCCAGUAUCUGCAAGAAGAUCUUGCACGGUUUGAUGUAUAUCCAUGACGUUCUUAACACCAGUCACGGAGAUUUAAAAUGCGACAAUGUACAUAUCAGUGAAGAUGGCGAAGUCAAAAUUGGUAAUUCAUCGCGCAAAAGAAUACGCACGAUCAAAUUCGCUAAUGCAUCGGUAGGAAAUAUUGGGGAAAGCCUAAUUCGGCUUGGAAACAAUGGGGAUUCUGCCCGCGAUGUGGAAGCCGUGUACAAAAUUGCGGCGACUCUGCUUGGUACCUCAAGCAGCUUGAGUAUUGCUCACGUAUCAGGACUAAUGGCCGAUCAUUUCACUAACUUGCCGAACCAUAUUUCUCCACGGGAUGUUCUCAAGCACCCCUUUUUCCGAAUCAGCCAAGAUUCUUGGUAUCUAUCACACCUUGGCGUGACACACUCACUCCUUGCCCAUACCUACGCACAGACGAAGCCGGGCAGCCAUGAGGAUGCCGACGAAGAGGACGGAGAAGAAUGUGUAUAA